UCCGCUCGUAUUGUCGGGUGGUCAACAGAGGAAGGAUACCGAGGAGCCAAAAUGGGAGUAGAAAUUGAGACCAUAACUCCAGGCGAUGGACGGACAUUCCCGAAGAAGGGGCAGCGCGUUGUGGUGCACUAUGUCGGCACACUGGAUAAUGGAAAGAUUUUCGACUCUUCGAGGAACCGGGAUAAGCCGUUCAAAUUCAAGAUUGGACACCAGGAGGUUAUUCGUGGUUGGGAAGAGGGAAUAGCCCAGAUGAGUGUAGGUCAGCGAGCAAAGCUGGUUUGCUCACCAGACUAUGCCUAUGGCAGCAAAGGGCACCCAGGGAUCAUCCCACCAAACGCCACUCUCACCUUCGACGUGGAGCUGAUCAGUCUGGAAGCCUGAAACUUGUGCACUCACUUUGUUUAAUUCCACUCAAAUUUUCAGGGUUGACUCCUAUCUCGGGAACAUGGAGGAAAAACAGAUGAUUCCUGCUCUUGAUCCCUGCAUAGGACCUAUGUCUAUAUCUUCACUAGUUCACUCUCCUUUACAUUUAGAUUCAAAUUGUGUUUUGUCACUUGCUUUAAAACGUUAUCCUCCAUACUAUACUUUAGGCUCCAUACAGAAAUAAGUCAUAGGCCAUCCCAUCCCAUGUAUUUUGUCAUAUUCUGUUAUGUAUUUUUAUGGUGAUGUUUUUAUUUUUUAUUUUUAUUUGACUUAAAAAUUUACAAACUGUGUCUGCCAUCAGGAGCAGGUUUUAGAUAAGUGUCAUGAAGUACCGAGUCAAUCUCAUUCCUGUGGCUCUGUGGCCUUUACACUAAAAUUGUCUUGAUUGCGGGUAAUGAAUUGUCUUAAAAAAAUAAGAAUAAAUUGUUGUUUGACACAAUGAUAUUUCUAUGAAUUACCUUUGUGAUACUUGUUAUUGGGUUAAAUUAAAAGUACGUGGUAACCAGGGAUUCACGAAUCAAGCACAUUAACGCCAUGAACAGCCUACAGGUCUCUGCAGAUGUAGGAUUGUCUUUGUCUAUACUGCAGCAUCAAUUCUUAAUUUAAGAGUGAAAUGACUGAAACAUUCACAACUGGACAUUAUUGGUCUUGUUGACUGCUUGUAAAACAUUUUUAAACUUUUUUUUGCCAAAACAAAAGCUCUUAUGGGGAAAGAAGUACAGUUUCUAAAACUUGCAUGGUAAGUUCCCCCUCAAAGAUUUGUCGGCACAUCUUGGGGUUUGUGAUUGUCUUUGUUUGAAGGAGUUGUGUGUAACAAGCUGUGGAUGUUGUAAAAGGUCUGUUCCUUACUCGAAACACAUUAAAAGAGUAAUUUUAACACA